UCUACGCUUCUAUUGGUCAAAAUCUAGUGAAUCUCUCACUUUUGUGAUUUUCAUCUCGUGAGCAAACUCACCCAAAUAACCAUAAUAGGUACCCUGUACACGUGUUCUUUGAAACUAGCAAGCACAUGUAUGCGAGAAGUACCUUAGUAGAUUUUGUGUGCUUCGAAAUAUCAAGAAUUAAUUACGCGAAUAAUAAAUUGCAAUCACAUUUUCAUAUAUAUUAUCUUCUUGCAAUUUGUUACGUUCAUAAUGGCAACAAUAAUGGACUUACCAAUUGAAGUGAUAGACAUUAUUCUCAGCUAUAACGUUAUCACUGUUGAAGAUGUCAUUAACUUUAGAUGUGUGUGCCAGCUAUUUCAAUAUGCAGCUAUCCAUGGAAAGCUUGUGGAAAGAAAGUGUAUUAAAAGAUGGCCUACUGCAAGAAAAGAAUAUAAUCUUGAAAAACAGCAGAAAGAAAGUACAAACUUUCAAAAAAAAGGCAUAUAUUAUAUGAAUCGAUUCAAAAUUACUUGUCUCGAGUAUUGUUUGAAGUAUUAUAUGAUAUUAAAUCAACUAAAAUGAGUUACCAUAUUUUAAAUAAUAGAUUAUUAAUAAGGUUCAAUAAUAAGUUGAAUGAACGUUUGGAGUGGUAUUCUCAGCAAACAUCUGUUACGUCUGAAAAACGUAUGGAAUUUUCAUUCUACGUCGACGAAAUCAGAUAUUUAUUAACACAAUUUCCACGUUGUUUUAGGGGACUUAAUUGCUAUCUAUUAGUAAAUUAUUGUGAAAUAAAUAAGUCUCACUAUAUGAAGCUACGUUUGAUUAAAAAUGAGUUGACUAAACUUAUGUUAAAACCUGAAAAAGAACAGUUUUUGGAAAAAACUGUUAUUCUUUUGGCACAAUAUGUUCAAAUGCCAAAAUAUGUAUAUUAUUCGAGCAUAAGUGCAUCAUUGGAUAGAAUCGCAGACGAGGUACUGAAUUGUCUCAAAAAGAAGCAUCCUUACCAUUCGAUAUUGUCGACGUCUGAUGAAUUUUUUUCCUAUUGGAAAUACCACAAUAUCGAUGAUAAUCAUUGGAAUGAAGUAGAAAGUACGCAGAUUAUGGAUAUACUCCAGGAAUAUAUAUUUGGCAAAUUAAACUUUCGACCACGGUUAUGCGGGUACAAUGACUUCGAUUAUUUGUGUAUAGAUUAUGUAUUCACAAAGUUAUCUCUUUGGGAAAGCAUUUAAAAAAAAAAUUGUUUCAAACAAAAGUUGUUUGGUUCAAUUCCAUACAUAAA